GUGUUUUCGUUAAAAAGGCGGAGGAGGCGGGCGCGGUGCGCGCGGACGUCGGUCGGCAGCGUUUAGGCCUGGCAGCCGAGGACUUUGACUCUCUUUCCCGGCUGUUGCGGUGCUGUGUUCGGUUGGAAGAAAGUGGCCCGGCACGCCGCGUUCGCCAACGCGCCCUAUCGCUUUUUUUUUUUUCCCCGAAGUCAGCGAGCAGGUUACCGCGCCACGCAGGGGCGGGCUGCCCUCGCGGUCCGUCCGCGCACAUCUGACGACAACGCGAGUGACGAGCCAACGUGUGAGUGUGUGCGUGCGUGCGAGUGUGUGUGAGAGAGCGGGCGACCGCGUGGUGCGUGUGAUUGUGUGUGUCCCCACGAUGGAAUCUGGCACCGACUUCCGACGGUGGCGACGGCGAUACUCUUCUGCCUUCGCCUGACGAGGACCUGGUCCGUGAAAACCUGUCCUCCCCUUUGCUGCGGAAUGUCACACCCCGAAAGCCAAGGUGGGAUCUCUCCGGGCGCGGAGGUGCGACGCAAGGGCAAGUGCAAAUGGUUCAACGUGGCCAAAGGCUGGGGCUUCAUCACUCCCCACGACGGGGGACCCGACGUCUUCGUUCACCAGUCGGUGAUCCAGAUGGCCGGCUUUCGGAGCCUGGGCGACGAGGAGGAAGUGGAGUUCGAGUGCAAGACUUCAGACAAGGGGGUGGAGGCGACCUCCGUCUCGGGUCCCGAAAACUCCGACUGCAAGGGCUCACACCGGAGACCCAUGUCCAAGAAGCGCUUCCGCAAAAUCAGGUGUUACAACUGCGGCGAGUUCGCCAACCACAUUGCGGCCAAGUGCACGAUGGGGCCCCAGCCCAAGCGCUGCCACCAGUGCAAGUCAUCCGAGCACCUGAUCGCCGACUGCCCGCAGCGUGAGGACAAGCGCAAGGGCGCCUCCAGUCCGCUCAGAACCAACGGCGACGCGCCGGAUCAGUCGGCGCCGCAGCCGGCGCUGGACAACGGCUCCGCAGAGGCCCUGGACAACAACAACACGACAGUUCCCGUUACCAAGGUUCCCUAGCUAGCCGCUGCUGCUGCAGCAUGUUCUGCCCGGCCGCUGUGCCGUCUCGAGCAUCGCCGAUGACGACUGCUUUGCUCGCGGGCCACCACUUCGCUCGAAGCUGUUCAAAAAGAGACACAGUGCUCAGAGCGCGCCAAGAGCGCCGGUGUUGCCGACGAACGUCGUCCAAAGGCCCCCCCGCCCGCUCGUCCGUCUUUGGUUCGGAUGGGCUGGCGGAUGGUGGCCAUGUUUUGCAUCAUCCGUACGGGUGAAGUGGAAAAACCGGCGCGCUUGCGCGUGCAACGCCAGAUGGAGCUUCGUGCGUUACGAAACUGGUUUUUACAAUAGGAACUCCCCGCUGUUGCGUCGGUGGAGGUGAUGGAACCUUUCACAAAGUCGAAGCAUCCACAGUCACCGAUAGCUUAAGAAACGCACGGCUGAGCGAGAUCCGAGCACCUUGUUAGCGCUCCGUGCCCAAUCAGAUUGCGGCGUUUGUUCACAAGGAGGCCGAAGGGCCAAUCCCGAAGCGAGAACCCAGAGCGUAAUAAGGCACGCCCUGCAUUUGUUAAGCUGCGAGGGACUAUGGCAAGGCAAACCGAGGCGACACCCGCUUGUUGUAGGGCCCCUGACCGCCGUCGGCCGUCCACGACCUAUUGUCUGCAGCUACCAGAGCCGAAACAUGGUGCUGCGACGGGCGACACUAUGGGUCUGGAAACAGGUACAUGUCGCCUCGAUGUGCGGACUUAUUCGGGUGUUUCGUAGAAGGAGGGACCUAAUUCGGGCGUUUCGUAGAAAGCAAUUGGUCAGCUGCGUGCUUGUACUGUGCCAUUGAUAUACGAGCCGAAUCAAUCGCCUCUGUCCGAUACGGGUAAACGAUGUGCAUCUUUGGUUGUUUUUCGUGAACCGACUGUAUACUUGCAACAGGGAUCGAGACAUCUAAGUGCCAUUCGUGUUUUUUUUUGUUUUUUUUUGCUGUUUUUAGUUUUGUCGGUGGGGAAGGUGAGCGUGGUAUUGAUUUGCCUGCCCGAAGUUUAUCAAUCAUCUCCCAGGGCUCAUGGAUCCGCUAAAACUUACGGUGUACGGUUAGGUUUGUUCUUUCGAACCUGGUAUGCUUACAUUUGCUGCGGCUUGCCCCUAUUCGCUCUCUAUCUGUCUCUCUCUCUCUCUUUUAUUUCUUUGUUUGAUUUUGUAUUCUUCACUGCUUUUACGAAUCCCAGAAACGGGUGGUUGCUAAAUUUAUUUUGUCGUGUAUAACCAUCACGAAUUACACAGCCAUCGAACUGGUGAUCACGGAAUAAGAAAUCCUUCACACGCAUCGUGAGAAUUUGCAAUCAAUACGAAAGGUAUGUAAAGAAAAGAAGUCAGCAUGGCAUACAUUUUGGUAUGAUAUAAAAAGCGACGACUGUCGUGGGGAAACGUCUUUUCUCAUAAAACUUGCGUUUUCGUUUUCUACUACUCACGUGGUACUCACACAGGAGAUAUGUCUCGUGCCCUCCGCGUUACGUUUUAGCAACGUUUAAUAUAAGCUACUGCGGUCUUUUCUUAUCUUGGGAUAUUGUGACAGUCUUUAAAAGCCUCCCCAUUUUUUUCUUUUUCUUUUACAUUUGGCUUGUGAACUUUUGCCGAGUGAAAACCACAUUUCCAGCAAUGGCUUAGGAAAACAACGAGCUUAGUUGGUUUCUAAAUUUUGAAGGCAAACAUAACGCGCAAGAACGCCGUAGUUUUGUCUCAAAACCGCGAAUAGCACGUUAAGGGCCCACCGAAAAGAAAAGCAGACGCCGCUUGCGGCAGCGUCCCUUUGUCAUCGGUAGCGGUGGAGAAACCACCCCUGCCCACUCGUGGCACCAGGUUAUAAUAGGAACAGAAAUGCAGGCGCUCCCUAACCUAAAACCUUAAAGCCAUGUGGUUUUCUUGUCACAUAUCAACUUCAGCAUUCUCAAGCGAAAGCACCCUGCUCUGCCUCAUUCAGAACACAGCGAAUGUGCCGUGUCUGUUUAGACUUCAUAUUUUAUUUGAGACGUCUUAAGGUGAUGGUAAAGUUAUCUAAAAACAAAUGUUUGUUUAAAAAAGUACGUUGCUUGUUUUGUUGAAAAUAUCUAGAUGAAUACUUCUUUUUAGAAUCAUAUUGAUGAUCGAGGCCAGUUAGCAGUUAAUAUAUGAAACUGUACAUUUACUAUUGUCAGAAUCUUGCUUUGUACUACUCCGGUUUAUUAUUUAAAUUACUGGGAGUUUAAAUGUUUAUUUUAUGAAAACGCGGUCAUUCGAGCAUAGUUCUAAAAUAUUGGAACUGUUAUCUUUUUUGAACCCAGCCGGGGCAUCAAAAUAAAACGGCAGUGUAACAAGGAUCUCCCCCCAAAAGGAACCGCAAUGUGGAUGCUUUCAAGCAUUCAAAACAUCCGCCACGUUCUCGCAAGCCUUUCAUCAUCUACUGAGAACAUCAUGUUGUUCUGUUUCAAGCGAACUAUAUACACAUGGCACACGUGAACGCACCCCUCGGCUAAAUAUUAGCCUGGAUCUAGCGAUGCCCUUCGAACAGUUGUACAGCAUGAAGUUCAUGCAUGUGUGAGUGCGUUUUAUUCUGGCUUCCCGCCCAAACCCUCCUGUUCAGUAGUUUUAAGUUUGAGUUUUCCGUGUGCUGUGGCGUGCAUAAGUGUGUGCGUGUGCCUGUAUCGAUCCGCUGUCACAGUCAGCCUUCCAUUUCUUUGUUUUCGUUUGAGUUCUUGACGCUGAAGAACAAAUCGGGGCAAGGUGGUUAUAACUCCCAUUAAACAAUUUGGACUAGCCCUUCUGGGCAAGCCCACGACUGCGCUUACGUGCGUUCGGACACUGUCGUUGUUUUCUCGCUCGUUUUUUCUUCUUUUUGUUGCUAAUUAGCUCGGUUGAAAGGUUUAUAUUGCUUGUUAGUCCGUAAGAUGCGGUUUCUAGGAUUUUGGAGGAAAGCUGCAAAUGAUACUUCUUUUUAGAAAGCUGGAUCAUCACUGCCUAUUGCUUUCUGUUCUACAACUCAUAUAAUUUUCAGUGGUGAGUUCAUUUCUGGUCCAUACAUGGGCAAGCAGUGUCGUCCCGUUUUCCGCCGAAAUCCCCGAAACCUGCAUAGAGUAUACUAAUUAUCAAGCACGAUGCCUACGAAGGAGAUUUCCUUUUGAAAGACCGUGUUACAACUACACCAACCACACGUGAGCCCAGUGUGACUAUUGUGAUGAAGCCUGUACCUGUAUAAUAGAACACCGGUUCAAGCAGGCGAACGACAGGUUGUAAAUUGUUCAUAACAGUACGCCUUUCUUGGCAUAACCUCUCGCUCUCUAUGGAUGACUCCGGAGAAACUCUCGGAGAAAUCAGCCCUGCUACGGUUACCUUCGCUGGCCAUGGGCACCACGACCGCGCUUACGUCUGACCUUCGCAGAGAGCUCUGCGGCGG